AUGGAGGACUUGUGGGUGUUAUUUUGUGGGGAAUCUGGCAAUUCGGAUACCGGAAAACCAUCCGGUUCUAGCUUGGUGUUUCAACCAACUUCAUGUAUCAAUCAAGCGUUGAUCAUUUGUUUCAAUGUCAUGCUUCUAAUCAUGCUCUUAUUUAACUGGAUAAAAAAAUCAUCGUCACCGAAGACAGAUAAAAUCCCACCUCGAGACUAUUCAAGUCUGCAGAUAGUUUCUACUAUGCUCAAUGGCUGUGUUGGAUUUGUGUACUUGUGCUUGGCCCUAUGGAUUUUGGAAGAGAAGUUGAGGAAAAGCCAGACUGCCUUGCCUUUGAAAAGUUGGUCAGUGGUGUUGUUCCAGGGGUUUACAUGGCUUUUGGUGGGUUUAACCAUAAGCCUUCGAGGAAAACAUCUUCCAAGAACACCAUUAAGGAUUUUGUCCAGUCUUGCGUUCUUGUUUGCUGGAAUUGUUUUUUCUUUAUCAAUAUACAGCUUCAUUUUAGGCAAAGGAAUAUUGGUUAAGAUAGCUUUGGAUGUCUUGUCCUUUCCUGCUGCAAUACUGUUAUUGUUAUGUGUUUACAAGGUAUAUAGUAAACAUGAAGGGAUUGAUGAAAUUGGCCUUUAUGCACCAUUAAACGGCGAGGCCAAUGGUGUGAGUAAAACUAAUUUCGUCGACCUAGUUACUCCAUUUGCUACAGCAGGAUUCUUCAAUAAAAUGUCAUUUUGGUGGUUGAAUCCACUGAUGACAAAGGGUGGGGAGAAAACUCUUGACGACGAGGAUAUACCCAGGUUGCGAGAGGCAGAUCGAGCAGAAAGCUGUUAUAUGGAGUUUUUGGAGAAACUGAACAAUCAAAAAAAUGCUGAAUCAUCUCAAUCGUCUCUCUUGUGGACAAUUAUAUUUUGCCACUGGAAAGACAUUCUAAUUUCUGGAUUCUUUGCUUCGUUAAAAGUACUUACUUUGUCAGCUGGGCCUCUACUUCUUAAUGCCUUCAUUUUGGUUGCUGAAGGAAAAGCAGGUUUUAAAUAUGAAGGUUAUGUAUUGGCCUCGACACUCUUCUUUUCAAAGUGCUUAGAGUCCCUGUCACAAAGGCAAUGGUAUUUCCGGAGCAGGAUUAUUGGUUUGAAAGUGAGGUCUUUGCUCACAGCUGCGAUAUAUAUGAAGCAAAUGAGGUUAUCCAAUGUUGGUAGGUUGAUGCACUCAGGUGGUGAGAUAAUGAACUACGUAACAGUAGAUGCUUAUAGGAUAGGCGAGUUUCCCUUCUGGUUUCAUCAGACAUGGACAACAAGCUUUCAGCUUUGCAUCUCUCUUGUAAUUCUUUUCCGUGCAGUGGGACUAGCAACAUUUGCUGCCUUAGUGGUUAUAAUAAUCACUGUGCUAUGCAAUGCUCCACUUGCAAAGUUGCAACAUAAGUUUCAGUCUAAGCUUAUGGUGGCACAAGAUGAGAGAUUGAAGGCUUGUAACGAGGCCCUGGUUAACAUGAAGGUAUUGAAACUGUAUGCUUGGGAAACCCAUUUUAAGAAUGCUAUAGAAAAUUUGAGAAGGGUGGAGUAUAAAUGGUUGUCAGCAGUGCAAAUGCGUAAAGCCUAUGAUAGUUUUCUUUUCUGGUCUUCUCCUGUUUUGGUCUCUGCUGCUACCUUCGGGGCAUGCUAUUUGCUCAAAAUUCCUUUGCAUGCUAAUAAUGUUUUCACUUUUGUGGCGACUUUACGUCUUGUUCAAGACCCAAUUAGAACUAUCCCUGAUGUCAUUGGAGUGGUCAUUCAAGCAAAGGUAGCUUUUGCACGUAUUUUAAAUUUUCUCGAGGCACCAGAGUUGCGGAAUGGAAAUGUUCGGCAAAAGCGCAACAUGGAUAGCGUGGAACAUGCUGUUUUAAUCAAGUCAGCCAAUUUUUCAUGGGAAGAAAAUUCAUCGAAGUCCACAUUGAGAAAUUUGAAUCUAGAGAUUAGGCCUGGUGAAAAGGUGGCGGUAUGUGGAGAAGUUGGCUCUGGCAAGUCAACCCUUUUAGCAGCAAUUCUUGGAGAAGUUCCACAUACGCAUGGAACUAUUCAGGUUUAUGGAACAAUUGCCUAUGUUUCUCAAACAGCUUGGAUCCAGAAUGGAACAAUACAAGAAAACAUUUUAUUUGGGUCUGAAAUGGAUAGGCAGCGAUACCAAAACACACUUGAGCAGUGCUCCAUGGUAAAGGACCUUGUGUUGCUUCCUUAUGGUGAUCUUACUGAAAUAGGUGAAAGAGGAGUCAAUCUGAGUGGUGGUCAAAAGCAGCGAAUUCAACUUGCCCGUGCUCUGUAUCAGAAUGCAGAUAUAUACCUUUUGGAUGAUCCAUUUAGCGCCGUGGAUGCACACACUGCUACGAGCUUAUUUAAUGAAUAUAUCAUGGGAGCACUUUCAGGGAAAACAAUCUUGCUUGUGACGCAUCAAGUUGAUUUCCUACCGGCAUUUGACUCUGUUAUGUUGAUGUCAGAUGGAGAAAUCCUACAAGCAGGUCCUUAUCAACAGUUAUUGUCAUCAAGCCAAGAAUUUCAGGACCUUGUCAAUGCACACAAAGAAACAGCUGGUUCUGAAAGGCAUACUGAGGUUAAUGCUCUGCAAAGACAAGGAUCAUCUGCUAGGGAGAUCAAGAAGAGUUAUGAGCAUAAAACAUCUGAAGGAGAUCAACUGAUUAAGCAGGAGGAAAAGGAAGUGGGAGACACAGGAUUUAAGCCUUAUAUUCAGUAUCUGAAUCAAAACAAAGGAUACUUGUACUUUUCUCUUGCUGCUUUUGCUGAAGCGUUGUUUGUGACUGGUCAGAUAUCACAGAACUCUUGGAUGGCAGCAAAUGUCGAUAACCCUCAUGUUAGUACAUUGCGUUUAAUUGUGGGCUAUCUGAGUAUCGGAGUUACAUCAAUGCUUUUCUUGCUAGGUAGAUGGAUCUUUACAGUUGUUUUGGGUCUUCAGUCAUCAAAAUCGUUAUUUUCCCAGCUACUAAAUUCUCUUUUCCGUGCACCUAUGUCUUUCCAUGACUCCACGCCUCUUGGAAGAAUACUGAGUCGGGUAGCGUCAGAUCUGAGCAUUGUUGAUCUUGAUGUUCCAUUCUGUUUAAUCUUUGCUGUCGUUGCAACCAUAAAUGCUUAUAGUAAUCUGGGAGUACUGGCUGUUGUUACCUGGCAGGUCCUGUUUGUCUCCAUACCAAUGGUUUAUUUGGCUAUUCGCUUACAGAGAUAUUACUUUGCCUCUGCAAAAGAGUUGAUGCGGAUCAAUGGCACAACCAAGUCUUUAGUAGCAAAUCAUUUAUCUGAAUCUGUAGCAGGAGCCAUGACAAUAAGGGCCUUUGAGGAGGAAGAACGUUUCUUCACAAAGAACCUUAACCUCAUUGACAUAAAUGCCAGUCCAUUUUUCCACAGUUUUGCUGCAAACGAGUGGUUAAUACAACGACUUGAAACAUUUAGUGCAACUGUCGUUGCCUCAGUAGCCCUCUGCAUGGUUUUGCUUCCUCCUGGAACUUUUAGCUCUGGAUUUAUUGGUAUGGCACUUUCUUAUGGACUUUCAUUAAACAUGUCCUUGGUCAUGUCAAUUCAAAACCAGUGCACGUUAGCAAAUUACAUCAUUUCUGUUGAAAGGCUUAAUCAAUACACGCAUAUACCAAGUGAAGCCGCAGAGGUGAUAGAAGAUAACCGUCCUCCAUCCAAUUGGCCAGCCGUGGGUAAAGUGGAUAUUUGCGAUUUGCAAAUUAGAUACAGGCCUGACGCACCAUUAGUUCUUCGGGGAAUCAGUUGCACUUUUGAAGGAGGGCACAAGAUUGGUAUUGUUGGUCGAACUGGAAGUGGGAAGACUACUCUUAUCGGUGCUCUAUUUCGACUGGUGGAACCAUCUGGAGGAAAAAUUACCGUAGAUGGAAUUGACAUCUCUAAGAUCGGACUUCAUGAUCUGAGGUCACGAUUUGGAAUAAUACCUCAAGAUCCUACUCUCUUUAAUGGGACUGUUAGAUACAAUUUGGACCCAUUAUCUCAACAUACUGACCAGGAAAUAUGGGAGGUUCUUGGAAAGUGUCAACUCCGAGAGGCUGUUCAAGAGAAAGAACAGGCUUUAGAUUCUUUGGUUGUGGAAGACGGAUCAAAUUGGAGCAUGGGGCAGAGACAAUUAUUUUGCUUGGGCCGUGCCCUUUUGAGGAGAAGUAGGAUACUGGUGCUUGAUGAAGCAACUGCGUCAAUUGAUAAUGCAACAGACUUGAUUUUGCAAAAGACUAUACGGCUUGAAUUUUCGGAUUGCACUGUGAUCACAGUAGCUCACAGGAUACCAACGGUGAUGGAUUGCACGAUGGUACUUGCCAUUAGCGAUGGAAAACUAGUCGAGUACGACGAACCAACGAAGUUAAUGAAGACGGAAGGUUCACUGUUUGGACAGCUUGUGAAGGAAUUCUGUGCUCGUAAGCAUAGAAAAGGCAGGCAUUUGGUGAAUGCAACUCCCUCUAAACCUCAUGGAGAUGGAGCUACUGAAGCUUUGAAAAUUAAUGAACCCACAAAGGAAGAGGAAGUUCCUCAACUGCCCAUUGAGCCCAUUUUAGAUUCAAAAGAGAAGCUUGAGGAGCAAUUGAGCUGCAAUGAGAAAAGGAAGGUGACUUUUGAUUUGAAUGUCAAAACCUACGAGGGCUUUCCAACUGACGAAGAAGUUGCCAAAAAUGUAGUAGAGAGCAAUAAAGGAAAGAGAGAGUGUGAAAAGAAAGAAGAAGAACCAUCAAAUGUGACCAAAUCAGUUUCUAAUGUGGUCACAUCAAAUGUCGGAUCUUAUCCUCUAAAUAACAGAUAUCAAAAUUGUGUUAAUGAAGAAGAAUAUGAUGAUUCGGGCUUGGAAGAUAGUGAUUUAAAUGAUGCUGUUCAAGUAUUGAUUCAAGAAGAGUCAUCUGAGUCAUUGUUUUCAUUAUCAAUCGAUUCAAGAAAACAACUGCACGGAGUUGAGCUGGGUGAAAAGGAGGUUACUAGUCCAAUGCCAAAAUGUGAAUCACCAUCUAAGGACGAAUCUAAGGCAGUAGGUUCCAAUCGAAAUGCUCGAGUUAGGAGUCAGUGUGAUGACUCUGUUCGGAAUCCAGUAGAAAAUCUAACUCAAUGGAAAGUAGCCAGUGCAAGAGCAACCUCACCGUUGCAGCAUGAAGAUAAGGAAAAUGUCAAUGUGGAGCAAGAUUUUAACAAAAGCAUUAGUCCAGAAACUAAUUUCAAGAUAUACAGAAAAGAUUCAAAAGAGACUCCCAGUCAGAAGAAGCUGGUGGAUCAAGAAGUUGCAGUGGAUACUAGCCUAUCAAGUUGGUUGGCCACACCAUCCAUGUCUAAGGGUAGCGCUAAUUCGGUUGGCAAUUCACCAUCCGUAACGAGGAGCUCGCCAAGAAGUCAUGAAGAUAGGCCUAUUUUAGGAGCAUUGACGGUUGAGGAACUUAAACAACAUUCUGCUUCUAAUACUCCAAGACGGCCAAGGAGUCGGAGUCCUGACGAAACGCCUAUUAUAGGGACUGUUGGGAGCUACUGGAUUCAUACUGGAAGGAUUGUGGAUUCAGAUUCAGGCUCUUCCAGCAAAGGAAUGCUUAAAACCAAAAAUGUUGAGGAUGAGAAGGUGAAAUGGAAUUCUACCCCAUUUGAGGAAAGAUUGGAUAGAGCUUUGGAAGAAGGCAUUGCUGAAGUUUAG